AUGUGGUAUGACAGACACCUGCUUAGCUGCGCCCUUCCCGCGACUCUCUCGGCCCUCUGGCGCGAACGAACCGAUCGAUUGAACCAAUUCUACAUCCUCGAGAAAGCCGCCCAGAGCAAGGCAUCGGCGAACCGGACUUUCAUCAUCUUCGAGGGCAAGUCCUACACAUACGCCGAGACGUACGAGCAGGUUUUGAAAUAUGGCACCUGGCUGAAGGAGCGCUUCGGCGUCAAGCCCAAGGAUAUCGUCGCGAUCAACUUCCAGAACUCCGACACUUUCAUCUUCCUGUGGUUGGGGUUGUGGUCAAUUGGCGCGAAGCCAGCCUUUAUCAACUACAACCUGACGGGCAAGCCGCUGGCGCAUUGCAUCAAGGCCGCCACGACUUCCUUGAUGCUGAUCGACCCCAACGUUGUCGCCAAUGUCGGAGAAGAUGUUCGCAACGAGCUGUCGUCGGUGAGGUUCGUUGUGCUCGACGCAUACCUGCAUCGCGAGAUCGAUGCUACGAAACCCCGACGCGCCCCCGAUGCCGACCGAUCCGAAGACCAAUACCAGAACAUGGCGAUUCUCAUCUACACAUCGGGCACGACGGGUAUGCCCAAGCCGGCAAUUGUGUCGUGGGCAAAGUGCAUCGUCGGCGGUGUCUUCACCUCGAGAUUCACCAGCAACGGGCCCAAGGAGGUCUACUACACGUCUAUGCCUUUGUACCACAGCUCCGCUGCCCUGUUGGGAUUCGGCAAUACCCUCGAGGCCAAUGGCACGAUUUGCAUUGGUAGGAAGUUCUCGACCAAGCUGUUUUGGGAAGAUGUACGCGCAUCCAAGGCCACCAUCAUCCAAUACGUUGGCGAGACUUGCCGCUAUCUACUUGCGGCACCUCCUCAGAUUGACCCCGUCACCGGCGAAUGCCUCGACAAGAAGCACCAUGUGCGGGUGGCGUUUGGCAACGGGCUACGGCCCGACGUGUGGAACAGGUUCAAGGACAGGUUUGGCAUCGAUACGAUUGCUGAGUUUUACGCUGCCACGGAAGGCUCCUUUGGCACCUGGAACCUCAGUCGUAACGACUUUGCCAAGGGUGCCGUUGGAAGAAACGGUACGCUUUACAGCCUCGUUAUGGGUAUGGACGUUGCCCUCGCCAUCAUGGAUGAGAACAACGAGCAUCCUCUGAGGGAUAAGAAGACUGGACUGUGCAAGCCUGCCAAGGCCGGCGAGCCUGGGGAGUUGAUGUUCAGGCUUUCACCCACGGACCUGGAGCGCCGCUUCCAGGGCUACCACGGCAACCCAGAUGCCACCAAGGCCAAGGUCAUGCGCAACGUCUUUUCAAAGGGAGACGCCUGGUUCAGGACCGGUGACGUGGUCAGGUGGGACAGCGAAGGACGUCUGUACUUCUCCGACCGCAUCGGCGACACGUUCCGUUGGAAGAGCGAAAACGUUUCGACACAAGAGGUUGGCGAAGCUGUCGGGUCGCAUCCUGCCGUGCAAGAAGCCAACGUCUACGGCGUCGAACUGCCUAAUCACGACGGCCGAGCGGGAUGCGCUGCGGUGGUUCUGGAGGGUCAGCCCUCUGAGGAGACGCUACGCAGCAUCGCGCAGCAUGUGAAGCUCUCGCUACCAAAGUACGCGCUUCCAAUCUUCCUCCGGGUCAUGCAGCCCGAGGCUAUGCAGACUACCGGUACCAACAAGCAGCAGAAGCACGGUCUCCGGGCACAGGGAGUGAAACCUGGCAACGCAGAUGCCGGCAGCAUGUACUGGCUGAAGGACGACACAUACGUGCCCUUCUCAGAGCGUGAUUGGGACGAGCUCAACGGCGGGCGCGUGAAGCUGUAG